GUAGUUUCCCCGCCAGGCAUGGUUUAAUGUGUGCGAGUGUGUUUGAUAUAUUUUUGAAGCCUAGCUCUUGUCCAUUACCCUCGGCGAGAGAGAGUGAACGUCUUUCUCUCUGUGUGCUCUUUGCCAGUGUGUGAGUUAGUUGUGUGGCUGGAAAAUAAUCACCGUCACCGUCGCAAAUUUUUGAUUAUGGUCUUUAAUGGUUAGUUGUUGAUGUUUUUUACAGCGGUAAUGUUGUGUUUUGUGUCGUCGUCGUUCGUUUGUUCGCCGCACACUGUUCUACGCUGCUAUACAAUAAUAAUAACACUACUACCUACCAUCAUCAUCACCACCACGUCACGUCGCCGUUUAUUUGAAAAUCAUUCGUCGUUGCAUUUGACGUAGUCCAGUAAUUUUAAUUUUUUCAAAUUGUAUAUUUUCUUAAAUUGAUUUGUCGAAGAAGAAUCAACAUUUUUUGGAAAAAAUCUAAUCAAAUUCCUUUAACGAGGCCAAGAAGAAAACGCGUCGCGACCGCUCUGCAAUUUCGCCGUGUGAAAUUAUUAUCCCUCGAGAUUAUUAACGAAGAAAAGAAACAGCCAUCAUCAAUUUAAAAAAAAAAAAUAAUAAGUGGUUAAUAAUAAAAUUUAAAAAUACAUAAUAAUAAAAAUUAAGUGUUUACAAAAAUUACCCCUAAUUGAACCCAAGAAAAUAACAACACAAUAAAAUGAUGUAAAAACAAAAAUUAAAAAAAAAAUAAAAAAGGAAACCAAAACAAAAUUAAAAAAUAAAGAAAAAGUGUGUUCACCUCGCAAUAAAAUUAAACCAAUAUUUUAUCAAUUAAAUAAAAAAAAAACAAACUACAAGACGGCUUACCACCCAUCACCUCCUGCCCGUACGACGUUCAAAGAAGAUAAGUCAAGCUGACAGUGAAAAUCCAAAACUUAACAAAUUCGCCACAACAAAGCCCACGCAUUUGUUGUCAUUUUUCUUUUGUUGUUAUCAUCACUAUUCUUGUUGUUGUUGUUGGUUUUUAAUAAGUGUCAUCAAUUUUAAUUACACUCAUUUAGUGAGCUAGACAAACGUUUAACACACACUCGCUGGUCUCCUCUUGUUUGUUUGGUGGCCGGCUCGACUCGUGCUUUUCGUGGAUUGUAAGCGAACUAUAAUUAAAUCGGGAAAACAAGAAAAGAAAACAAAAUUUGUUUACAAAAUCAAAAAAGCUAUUGCAAAUAAAAUAAAAUAAAAAUAUUUAAUUUCUUUCAACAAAAAACACGUGCUUCAUCACCAGAAAAAAAUUCUUUAAGUGUCUCCAGCGAAAACAAACCUUGUCUGCUGGCAUUGUUUGACGUCCCCGUGUGUGUAUUAAAAAGCCUUCAAAAUUCUAGAUAAAGUGGCCUCAAUAGGCGCCAACACGCUUAAUUUCACUGAUUUAGGGAGCCCCUACGAGGGGCCUCCCAGCACUCCACAGUCCGGCAUGGAUGCCCCCGAUGCCCCGCAUACACCCAAAUACAUGGAUGGCGGCUCGACGGCCAGCAUAACACCGGGUGCCGGUUCGGGUGGCAAUGGUGGCCCUGGUGGUCCCGGCGGACCCAUUGGCCCCGGUGGCCCCGCCGGUCCCACAGGCGGCAAUAUACCGGGGAAAUCGGCCUUCGUUGAACUGCAACAGCAUGCUGCCGCUGGAAAUCUUUAUGGGGAUAUUAUCAAAAGUUACGGCGGCAUUCGUGGCGGUUAUCAACAUUUUGCGCCACAAGGUGGUCAAGAUUCUGGCUUUCCCAGUCCACGCAGUGCUUUAGGUUAUCCAUUCCCGCCCAUGCAUCAAAAUUCAUAUUCCGGCUAUCAUUUGGGUAGCUAUGCGCCGCCCUGUAAUAGUCCACCAAAAGAUGAUUUCUCAGAUUUUUCCAUAUCGGACAAAUGCGAAGAUUCCGGCCUGCGUGUCAAUGGUAAAGGCAAGAAAAUGCGCAAACCCCGCACCAUAUACAGUUCGCUGCAGCUGCAGCAAUUGAAUCGUCGUUUCCAGCGUACACAAUAUUUGGCCUUACCCGAACGUGCUGAAUUGGCGGCGAGUCUGGGUCUGACUCAAACACAGGUCAAAAUCUGGUUUCAAAAUCGCCGCUCAAAGUACAAAAAGAUGAUGAAAGCCGCCCAAGUUCCUGGCCAAGGCAGCGGCAUGCCAUUGGGUAGUGGUGGUCCAAAUCCCGGUCAGCAUAGUCCGAAUCAGAAUAUGCAUAGUGGCGGUAAUAACGGUGGCGGUUCAAAUAGUGGUUCACCCUCACAUUAUCUACCUCCCGGACAUAGUCCGACGCCUUCAAGUACGCCUGUAUCUGAAUUAUCACCCGAAUUUCCACCCACGGGGUUAAGUCCGCCAACGCAAGCGCCCUGGGAUCAAAAACCUCAUUGGAUCGAUCAUAAGCCACCGCAAAUGACACCGCAACCACCUCAUCCAGCUGUUUCACAUCCGCAGACCCAUCAUCACAAUCCACCGCCACAAAUGGGCGGCUAUGUACCGCAUCAGUACUGGUAUCAGCCUGAAACAAAUCCAUCGCUAUUAACGUAGGGUAUGGCCAGCGGUCUAACAGACACCACCAACCUCUACUAUAGCAACCACAACAACCUUUUACCAAACCGAUCCUAUAGAUAAUUUAAUGCAUAUAUAUUAAACAAAAAAAAAAUUCAAUAACAAAACAAACCAACAUUAUUCUUUUUUUUUCGUAGAAUAAAUAAAAAAUAAAUUAUCUGAAAAAAAAACAAAAAAUUAAAAUACAAAGCGAACAAUAAUAAAUAAUUAAUUGUAUUUAGAAAAGAAACACAAAAAAAUACUUAGUAAAGAAUUACGAAAAAACAAAAAACUAUUUUAAAAUAAUAUUUUAAGCAUAUAAAUAUAUUUCCUUAAUUAAAAAUAAAAAAACAACAAUAAAUAAAUAAUAAUUAUCAGUGUAAAAAGUUAACAAUACAAAAGUUGUUUAGUUUUAUUUUAAUAAUUUACAAAAUAUACAUAUAAAGAAAUAAAACAAAAAUAAUUCUAAAAAAAACAACACUUUUCUAGAUAUUUUUUAUGGAUAAAAUAAGUUUUAAAUAUAUAGGAAAAAAAAAAAGAAAACACAAAACAAAAAACCCUUUAUGUAAGACAUAAACCUUAAAAAAAACUUUAAAAAAACAAAUCUAAAAAAAACAUUCCUCAUUGAUUUUAUGUGCAUUUUUUGUGUAAAUAUUAUUCUAAUUAUUAAUUUUUAUAAAUAACUAAAUAUUAAAAUAAUUUUGUUUGUAAUUUAUGUAAUAGUUAAAGAAAAAAGAAAAAUAAAUUGAAAAAAAAAAAAACAAACAAAACACACACAAAUCAGCUGAUGAUCUUAAAAAUUAUCUAAAUAAAAUUUCAAAAAAAUAAAACGAAAGAAAA